GCCAGGCUUGCUUGCCAGUGUGUGGACUGCUUUUAGUUCACACCAGCAGGUGGUUUUCAGAGGAUGGCCUCGACUUCUGCUGCUCAUGCCCAUCUUUCUGAAUAUGAGAUCUGGUGGAGGGACCACUACACUUUCCUCGAAGAAAAAGGCUACAAGCUACGCAGUCGCUACAGUCCGGACUGGGUGCCCUCUUGGACGAACACCAACAAAGUUGACAUAAAUUGCGAGGAUGGAAUAAGGUCGCCACACUAUCUUCUGCUGGAUGCACGGCGCGCUCGAGAUGGUGCUCGCGUGUCACUUAAAUGUAUAGACAUAUCGCGACAUCCUUAUGAGAUAGAGAUCGGUCGCUAUUUCUGUAGCUCACCUCUCGGCGAGGAGCCAGCCAACCAUUGCGUGCCAAUCUACGAUGUUCUAGAGGUACCCAACAACGAUCAUCUUAUGAUACUGGUCAUGCCGUUACUUCGACGUACUACGGAUCCCUAUUUUGACACAGUCGGGGAAGUGGUAGACUGCAUCCACCAGCUUUUCGAGGGGCUGCGAUUCAUGCACAUGCAUCACGUCGCUCACCGGGACUGUAUGCAGCUGAAUAUACUGAUGGACGGCAGCAUGUUUAUAGAUGCAUGGCACCCAAGUGAACAAUAUAUGUCGGAGGACCUCAAACGUGCGGCCAGGCAUCGUACGCGCACGCAGUCGCCGCCACGAUACUACUACAUAGACUUUGGUAUCUCCCGUAAAUAUGAUGCGUCCAACACCAACCCAGUGGAAAUGCCCAUAUAUGGUGGAGAUAAAGGAGUACCAGAGUUCGCGGAAGACUACAGCAAACCUUGGAACCCAUUCCCGACGGAUGUCUGGUAUCUUGGGCAUGCUAUCCAAGAAACCUUUCUCGAUCGCUACUCAGGUGUGGAAUUCCUGAGCGAUCUGGUGUCGGACAUGCUGCGCUCCGAUCCAGCACAACGUCCGAACAUGGAGGAUGUUUUUUCUCGAUUCCAGGUUCUACGUCAAGGCCUCAGCAACUGGAAAUUACGUUCCCGGGUGGCUCAUGAUGACGAAAGAUCUCUUUUUGAUUUGUUAGGCCACUGGGCCCGUCGCAUUCAGUACAUAGUACGCAGGGUUCCCCCGACGCACACCUCGCUGUCAUAGAGCGAACUUUUUUCAAUUACCAGUCUCUUACUAGCAAUGCACGAGUUUUCUGCUUUUGAGCACUGCCCGCAUUAUGGAGUGCCAGGCGUCAUGCUGACUUCACGCUGCAUAUUUAAUUGCAGAGCGUCAGGUGCAACAG